AUGACUUUUAGUUAUCCUUCUGAUCAUCUUUUAGAUCGUUGUGGUUGUGGCAUCCAUAACAAGGAAGACACAACUUUUAGUUGUCCUUCUGAUGAUCUUUUAGAUCGUUAUGGAAGUAAUAUUGAUAUUUUAUGGUCCAGUGUUGGUGAAACUCUUAAAGAAAAGAAUAUUAAUGUGGGAACAAACUACAUACAACUUGUUUCUUGCAAAGGUUUUGAAACUGAAGAUAAGAAGAAUCCAGCUGGCAAUUCAUAUAAAUGCCAACGUACAGAAGGUGAAAAUAUGAAACAUUCAGAUAACAAAAACUUUUUUAAUACU